AGUGUGAGGGAGGAUGGGCGGGGUGAGUGAUGGUGACGUCAGCCCGGGUGCCGCCCACCUGCAGUGAGUCGCUGUACGGGCUGGGGGAGCUGCACUGAGAGGCGCAGCCCUAGGGGCCCCUGCGGAGCGGAUCCUGUGCCGGCCUGGUCAGAAAAUGAAAUAAUCAUGACCCCAUUUGUUCUUGGCACCCUGGCAUCUAUGGGCACCACAGCAGCAGCGUCCUGCACGGGCUCGUCCUGCAACAAUGCCACAACUAGGGAUUAUUGCUACAGUGCCCGCAUCCGCAGCACCGUGCUACAGGGCCUGCCCUUCGGGGGGGUACCAACUGUCCUUGCACUGGAUUUUAUGUGUUUCCUGGCACUGCUCUUUGUUUUCUCUGUCCUAAGGAAAGUAGCGUGGGAUUAUGGGAGGCUGGCGCUGGUUACGGAUGCAGACAGACAGCGGCGUCAGCGAGUCCCUCAAGAGGAGCACGAAUACGUGGCCUCCGCGAUGCACUCCGAUAACCACGACCGCUACGAGCGCCUCACCUCCGUCUCCAGCUCCGUGGACUUCGAGCAGCGCGACAACGGGUUUUGCUCCUGGCUCACCGCCAUCUUCAGGAUCAAGGAUGAUGAGAUCCGGGACAAGUGCGGUGCCGAUGCAGUUCAUUACCUGUCCUUCCAGCGCCACAUCAUUGGGCUCCUGGUGGUAGUUGGGGUUCUCUCGGUGGGCAUCGUGCUGCCUGUUAACUUCUCUGGAGACCUGCUGGAAAACAAUGCCUACAGCUUCGGGAGAACCACCAUCGCUAACCUGGACUCCAGGAAUAACCUGCUGUGGCUACACACCACCUUCGCUUUCCUGUACCUGUUACUCACGGUGUUCAGCAUGAGGCGCCACACGUCCAAGAUGCGCUACAAGGAGGAUGAUCUGGUGAAACGCACCCUAUUUAUUAACGGAAUUUCCAAGUACGCCGAGUCAGACAAAAUCAAGAGGCACUUUGAGGAAGUCUAUAGCAACUGCACCGUUCUGGAGGCCCGACUCUGCUAUAAUGUGGCCAGACUCAUGUUCCUGGAUGCAGAAAGGAAGAAAGCAGAGAGGGGACGAAUAUAUUUCAAGAAUCUGAAGGAGAAAGAGAAUCUGACCUCCAUGAUCAACCCCAAACCUUGUGGCCACCUGUGCUGCUGCGUCAUCAGAGGCUGUGAGAAGGUGGAGGCCAUAGACUAUUACACGGGGCUGGAGCAGCGCCUGAAGGACGAUUACAAGAAGGAGAGGUUGAAAGUGAAUGAGAAGCCGCUGGGCAUGGCAUUUGUCACCUUCCACAAUGAGGCAGUUACCGCCAUGAUCCUUAAGGACUUCAAUGCGUGUAAGUGCCACGGGUGCAACUGCCGGGGGGGGCCCAAGCACUCGUCCUGCAGCGACUCCCUACAUGUGCGGGAUUGGACCGUGAGCUACGCCCCAGAUCCACAGAACAUCUACUGGGAGCACCUCUCUAUCCGUGGCUUUGCCUGGUGGAUCCGCUGUUUGGUUAUCAACGUCAUCCUCUUCCUCCUGCUUUUCUUCCUCACCACCCCGGCCAUCAUCAUCACCACCAUGGACAAGUUCAACGUGACAAAACCAGUCGAGUACCUGAAUAACCCCAUUGUCACCCAGUUCUUCCCCACCCUGUUACUCUGGGCCUUCUCGGCGCUGCUCCCCACCAUCGUCUAUUACUCAGCGUUUUUCGAAGCCCACUGGACCAGGUCAGGGGAGAACAGGACGACCAUGCACAAGUGCUACACCUUCCUCAUCUUCAUGGUGCUGCUGCUGCCCUCGCUGGGCCUGAGCAGUUUGGACCUGUUUUUCCGCUGGCUGUUUGACAAGAAGUUCCUGCUGGAGGCGGCCAUUAGGUUUGAGUGCGUGUUCCUCCCAGACAAUGGUGCCUUUUUCGUCAACUACGUUAUCGCCUCUGCCUUCAUCGGAAACGCCAUGGAUCUGCUGCGCAUUCCCGGCCUGCUCAUGUACAUGAUCCGCCUGUGUCUGGCCCGGUCUGCCGCCGAGCGCAAGAACGUCAAGAGGCACCAGGCCUAUGAGUUCCAGUUCGGCGCCGCCUAUGCCUGGAUGAUGUGCAUCUUCACCGUAGUCAUGACUUACAGCAUCACGUGCCCCAUUAUUGUGCCCUUCGGGCUUAUGUACAUGCUGCUGAAGCAUCUAGUGGACCGGUACAACCUGUAUUAUGCCUACCUGCCGGCCAAACUGGACAAGAAGAUCCACUCGGGGGCUGUGAGCCAGGUGGUGGCGGCCCCCAUCCUCUGCCUCUUCUGGCUGCUCUUCUUCUCCACCAUGAGAACUGGGUUAAUGGCUCCCACGUCCAUGUUCACGUUUGUGGUUCUGGUGAUCACCAUCGCGAUCUGCUUGUGCCACGUCUGCUUCGGGCACUUCAAAUACCUGAGCGCCCACAACUACAGGAUUGAUGGCACCGAGGUGAAUGCUGUGGAUGGAACCCAGAAUGGCCGACCGGCGUCCAAUGCUUCAUCUCAGAAGUCUACGAAGUACAUUGCGCAGGUCCUGCAGGACUCAUCGGCAGACAGCGAGCCGGCCGCAGACAGCGAGGACACGGAGGAGCCGGGGUCGCAGGACGAGGAAAUGAUCAACGCAGAAAAUACCCAGGAUGCCGAGUUCCAGUCCUGCGAGGACAGUCUCAUUGAGAACGAGAUCCACCAGUGACCCAGAGCAGAGGGGCAGAGGGGGUAGGACUGGCAUCUCACUACAAACACACUGGCCCCAUUGCCAUGAACUGGAGGGCGCUGCCCGCUGGAUUUCCGGGGGUGCCCUGUGGCAAUGUGGCCCCCGUUAGCCUGAGUGCAGGAUGACUGGAUCUCGCACAACUGCUGCUCUUUGUACAGUGUACAGACUGGGUGUGCCCCCCCCUGCCUGCACUCUCCAUGUUGUACGGCCGGAGGCUCCCUGCGCCCCCCCCCCGCUGCCCGCUCUCUACCCGUAACUGCUGUGGCACUGAUCCUGGCAUCU